AUCGGGCUGACCCGGUUGGACUUAAUAAAUCAGGGUUUAAGUCGUUGAAAACCCUAAAAAAGUCAUUCUUUUGACUCAGAAACUCGCAAAGCAAUCGCAAUGGAUCCUCAGCCAGAACCAGUCAGCUACAUCUGCGGAGAUUGUGGAAUGGAGAACACGUUGAAGCCAGGUGAUGUUAUUCAGUGCCGCGAAUGCGGUUAUCGUAUCUUGUACAAGAAGCGUACCCGUCGCAUUGUCCAAUAUGAGGCACGCUAGUAGAUGGAUGGAGUGGACAUGUUAUUGCUUGUGUCCUGAAGUAUUGAAGCAUUCCAUGUCCUGUUGAAAGUCGCAGAUGUUUUGUAGUAUGUCUAUAGUGUUUGAACGAACUUGUUCCUACUAGCAUUAAGACUUACUUUCACUGGUUCAAUGGUGAAUCAGUAUAACUACUUUCAUUUGUGUUCCAUGAUGCAAAUGUGUGGUGUUAAUGGAACAAUGUAAUUCCGAAACUUCGUCGAAACAACAGUUAUAGAAGUUUAUCUGCAAUUUUGUGUUGUGAUCUCCA